AUGGCUCUGCCCCAAUCGCUACGCAUAUCAGUCAUUCCCCCAGAGCUAGAACUAAUUGCGUCUGAGCAACUCGUGGAGAUCGUUCCUCUAAUAUCAAUGGAGAAAACUGCCUUCAUUUCGGGCGCGUACGGGCCGCUUCGUCCACCAAAUAAAUCAAAGAUUCCUCUCUGGAUGGCGGUAAAUCUUAAAAUGAAGAAGAAGUGCCAUAUCAUUGCUCCAGAUUGGCUUAACACGGAGUUUCUGCAGGAGCGCCUCAUUCAGGAAACUUCCCAGCCUGCAUUCAGUAGCCUCCCGUUCCGCUUCGCCGAGAUUGCCAAAGUGAUUCUGGAUGUUGCCUCAGACGAUUUGGAGAAUCCGGAUAAGUUAAGAUCACUAUUGAAAGACCUACGUGAAGUCCGUCAAGCAAAAAGUCGAGACGGUCUGAAGACCCUUGAUCAUAGUGAACUGAGUGCAAGUCAUCUCUAG